CAUACAUUAUAUUGCCAAAAGUAUUGAGACACCCCUCCAAAUCAUUGGAUUCAGGUGUUCUAAUCACCUCCUUGGCCACAGAUUUAUAAAAUCAAGCACCUAGGCAUACAGACUGUUUCUACAAAAAUGUUGUGAAAGAAUGGGUCACUCUCAGGAGCUCAGUGAAUUCAAGUGUGGUACCUUGAUAGGUUGCCACUUGUGCAAUAAGUCCAUCUGUGAAAUUUCCUUGCUACCAAAUAUUCCACGGUCAACUGUUAGUGGUACUACAACAAAGUGGAAGCAGCUGGGAACAACAGCAACUCAGCCAUGAAGUGGUAGGCCACAUAAAAUGAGUCAGCGCAUAAGUCUCCAAAUGUCUGCAGAGUCAAUAG